AGGAAGUGGGGGGGGUCCCCAGGACUGGGGGAGAUGACCCCGGGGAACCGGCUGAGGGGCCCUUUCCUGGGAUGGGGACCCCCACAAGGGGCACUGCGGGGAUCCCUGGGCUAGAGCCCCUGCGGGUGGGACCCCGGCCGUCUUGCCACUGAGGCCCCAACCCCGGGCUGGGGUGCAGAAGAUGCUCAGAAAGGAAAGGAUUACUCACUCCCCCAGGAGCCCAGGUACGGCAAGCAGAGCCCCACGAGCAGGCAGCGGAGCAGCGGCAAGGAUGCAGGAGCCCGGCCCUUCCAACGGCCCUUCCAACGGCACUUCCGACGACGACAGCCCCCCACCAACCCAAAGGCCCCCGAGGGCUCGGAAGAAGCGCUCGGUGUACCUCAAGGACCAGCUGGAAGAGAUGGAGGAUUACUUCCGCACCAACAAGUACCCCAACUACAAGGAACGCGUGGCCCUGGCAGCCAGGCUCAACUUGGAGGAGCACCAAGUGCUAGUGUGGUUCAAGAACCGCCGGGCCAAGCACGCUAGGCUGCAGGGAGCACACGUAGGGCCAGGUCGGAGAGCCACCAGCCCCCUCUCUGUCCCUGCUCCUUUUCCUGCCCCUGCCCCUGAUGGCCCUGCGUUCCCAGGGACCCCAGGAGUCUGCAGCCCUGCCCUGCAGAGCCCCUUUUGGAGGCCCCUGGCACCGGCAGCACUAGCAUCGGAGCCUGGCACCUCCAGCCUCGACUCAGGCUGGUGGGACCCAGAGGGGGCCGCCCAGCAGUCUCUUCCCGCCCCCGCCGCCCCCGCCUGGCCUCACUACUCCUUUGUCUGGGGCUUCUUGCCAGAUCCUGUGCUGGGCCCCAAUCCCACUGCGGUCCUCUCGCCCCAAGACCCCUUGAAGGGACCCCCUUUCCCCUUGAUGUCCGGGUAUCAAGAGGAAGAAAACACUGCAGAGGACGACUCGAAGCUCAUGACGUUACUGGAUUUAUAGGGGACUCAGCCCCGCAAAGUCCUGCAGUUCCCGCGGGGCCAGAGGGGACUGGGGUGCCGGGGGCCUGCGUGCGCCUCGUCCACGUGGGUGGCGCCGGCGCGGGGGCUCCGGUUACGCAGCAGAGCACUCUUUCGGCGGCAAGAACACGCCUCAGUUCAUCCCACUUGGGAAGGUGGGAUCUUGUGUUCCCUGUGUGGCCCCCACAUGUGGCGCUGCUGUGAGUGUCCCCACAGCAUUGAGGGUACACGUGAGUAGGUGGGUUCCCAGGGGUAGCACAGAACGCAUGCUCCCGCCUCUGCCUGCUUCCUCGGAGCUCUGAGCUUUCCCUGAGCCUUGACCAGCCGGGAACACCCCUGAUCAGAGUCAGAGUGAGGAUGGGAGAAAUUUUGAUGCUGGUCGACCUUCGGACAGAGGAUUUGCUGUGGUUUUACUAUUCGUUUACUGGCUGUCAAGAAGAAAUAAAGUUAUUUGAUAAAAAUUAA